AUGUGUCGCAGGGGCAGAGGUCAGUCAGUACCAGGGGCAGAGGUCAGUCAGUACCUGGGGCAGAGGUCAGUCAGUACCAGGGGCAGAGGUCAGUCAGUACCUGGGGCAGAGGUCAGUCAGUACCUGGGGCAGAGGUCAGUCAGUACCUGGGGCAGAGGUCAGUCAGUACCAGGGGCAGAGGUCAGUCAGUACCUGGGGCAGAGGUCAGUCAGUACCAGGGGCAGAGGUCAGUCAGUACCUGGGGCAGAGGUCAGUCAGUACCUGGGGCAGAGGUCAGUCAGUACCAGGGGCAGAGGUCAGUCAGUACCUGGGGCAGAGGUCAGUCAGUACCUGGGGCAGAGGUCAGUCAGUACCUGGGGCAGAGGUCAGUCAGUACCAGGGGCAGAGGUCAGUCAGUACCAGGGGCAGAGGUCAGUCAGUACCAGGGCAGGGCAGAGGUCAGUCAGUACCUGGGACAGUUUGCAUCCUGCUCGCUGUGGCACAGGUUCAGCAGCUCGAUGA